CUAUUAUUCAACGUUGAACCACCCUUACCGUACGUAUAUAACACAUAAUACAUAAUACAUAAUACAUACAGAGGAGUACAUACCGACGAAGCCUUGUCAAUAAUAAUAAGUUACGAGGCCAAAAGUGUCCCAAGGGAAUAUCAACCCUCAGCAAUACUUCAGAAUACAACUAUAUUGUCACCAUGGUUGUUUAUUCCUUCUACAUAUUCGAUAGGCAUACCGAAUGCAUCUAUUCCAAACUCUGGCACCGCAAUAAUGACCGACCCCUCUCCACCACCGGCGCAACUGCGCGACCCAUUUCCGGCUCCAGUAACUCCAGCGCCGCACCUCCUCUCAAGGUUCCAGAACUUGCCGUGCCGAGGAGUCGCCCCGGGAAGUUGAGCGCGCAAGAUGAUGCGAAAUUGAUAUUUGGUACUAUAUUCUCGCUGCGGAACAUGGUGAGAAAGUUAGGAGGACCGGAUGAUAGCUUCAUAUCCUUUCGAACGGGACAGUAUAAGUUACAUUACUAUGAGACGCCAACGAACAUCAAGUUCGUGAUGCUUACCGACACACAAACUCCAACGAUGAGGCAGGUACUACAUCAGAUAUAUGUCAAUCUUUAUGUGGAAUUUGUUGUCAAGAACCCGCUAUCUCCCGUCGAGCACCCUGGAGGCGAAGGAGUUGCAAACGAGCUCUUCGAGCUGGCCCUCAACCAAUUCGUUAAAGGCGUUCUUUGAUGUCUAAUGCGCCUUACGAACUUGAUAAUUUACACGCAGUGGAUAUUCAAUGUCGCACAUCACUUAAUUUAAACUGCAAUACAAUAAAGCAUAGUUGCAGGUCAAGGCGUUUGGAGGAUAUCGGAGUUGAGGUUAAAGGGGGCAAAUUGGUAGAAUAGAGAGUCGAGAAAGGAGUCGGCCUGAGAAAUUGAGGAAGUCAAAACGCCAGAACUUCUAGUUUUGGGUUGGCCAGAUAACAUCGUUGAAGCCGACUAGCUUUAGAUUUGAUAAUCAAAUGGUUUCCACGAUGAUAUGUCUCAUUUUACUCUGCAUCGUCUAGGGUGGAUUCGACAAAUCAAACAAUCUUCUAUUCUUAGCUACUUCGUAUCCUAGACUUUGAAGAUCAAAUCAUAGCAUGUAUAUCAAAGUGGCCAAGCC